AUGGAAUUAAAUAGAGGUCUCACAACCACAUGCAUUCUCCUUGGUCUCUUUCUCUCAGCCAGCUUCUUCACUCAUUCUGUGGUAGAUGCAAGAAAACAUGUGGGAUUUGAUAGAGACUCAAAGCACAAGCCAAAGAAGGUGAUCAUCAUCAAAGCAUUAAAGCACGCAUCAUUGUUGGAGAAAAUGAUGACACAACUCAAUCUUGCUCAGCCUUUGGAUUACACAACAUCCUCCAACACUCAACCUUAUGGUGUUAGCACAACUCUCACUCUACCUCCUGAUGUUUCACUUCCCCCGCUCUCAGUUCCUGAAAACGCCCCUCCUUUUUGCGUUAAUCCCCCAAAUACCCCUGAUCCUGGUCUUAGCCCACCUCCCGGCCCAAUCACUCUACCUAACCCACCCGAAUCAUCCUCUAACCCGAACUCGAAUCCAAACCCACCCGAUUCCACCUCUAACCCAAACUCUAACCCGAACCCACCAGAUUCUUCAUCUAACCCAAACCCACCCAUUACUGUCCCUAACCCACCCGAAUCAUCUUCUAAUCCAAACCCACCUGAAUCAUCUUCUAACCCGAACCCACCCGAAUCAUCAUCUAACCCGAACCCACCCGCAUCAUCAUCUAAUCCGAACCCACCCGAAUCAUCAUCUAACCCGAACCCACCUGAAUCAUCAUCUAACCCGAACCCACCCGUUACCGUCCCAUACCCUCCUGAAUCCUCCAGCCCAAACCCGGUGGAAACAUUCCCUAGUCCUCCUGAACCCGGUUAUACACUAAGCCCACCGGUUCCCAUUUCAGGUCCACCGUACAAUGACCCGGGCCCAUCAACCCCUACGGUCACUCCCACACCUUCCGGCGGUAUUCCAUCCCCGACCGGAUCAAUUCCAAGCCCAUCAUCACAGUUUUUACCUCCGAUCGUUUAUCCACCGCCUAUGGUGCCACCACCAUCUAGCGUCACUCCGACCUCGGCUUACUGGUGUGUGGCUAAGCCCUCAGUGCCUGACCCCAUUAUCCAAGAAGCCAUGAAUUUCGCAUGUGGGUCAGGAGCUGACUGCCAUUCAAUUCAGCCAAAUGGACCUUGCUUUAAACCCAAUACGUUGUGGGCACAUGCUUCGUUCGCCUUCAAUAGCUACUGGCAACGGACCAAAAGUGCUGGUGGCUCGUGCACGUUCGGUGGUACCGGCAUGCUUGUCACCAUCGACCCAAGCUUUAAUGGGUGCCAUUUUGAUUUCUUCUGA